AAGGGCGCUGCAUUGCUCAGCGCAAAAGGAAAGGGAUGCAAAGUGAAGUUGGUUUGGAAGCAUCUGUGGAAAUAGCAUCUCUAGUUGUAUACUAUUUAAAACUUAUUUAUAUUUUGAAUUUGAGAAGUAAUUGAUUUUGAAUUUAAAUACUUCCAGCAGUAUUUACCUCCUUGUAAAUAGAGUAUAAUCACUCUUCAUUAGAUGUUGAAAACCUUGUAAAUAGAACAUCUUCACUCUUCAUUACAAACUGAAGCCCUGAGAAACAGUGACUCAUCUUCAUUAAUCUGGCCCUUUAACAUAUCUUAGAGCUCAUACUGUAGCAGAGAAGUGUUCUUAUCAGGGCUCAGUUUUGACAGUUACCAUUUUCUCUAAACUGCCUGCUCUGCUAUCUAAGCUCUUCACUUAGCUUAGAAAAGCACUCCCCUUUUCUAGGAAUAACUUGUCCAGCCUCCUUUUGGCCUCCUUGUCCCAAAGAUACUAACAAAACCAUUUAUUAGCAGAGGACUCGACCAUCCUGAGGCAGCAAACAUCCAUUUAACAAUCUCAUGAAAUUAAAGAACUAACCACAAAAUUAAUUCUAAGGAGUUGUUGUAGCAGUGAGGUAAUCUUGCUCUGGAGACAGCUAGCUAGAGUACUGAAUUUGAAGCUGAUUGAUUCUGGUGUGUUUUUUUUAGGGUAUCCUUGACUCUCUGAGCACUUUCUUAAUGUCUUGUGUAAUCAUUUCAAGACAGCCUGUAUUUCUGUUGUAAUUUAUGUUACCAGAUUGUGUUUUCAUGUGUUUAUCUUUUGCUGUUGGAAUAUUUAGUCAGUAUGGUUCAAACCUCAAGUGGUUUUCCUCUGCAUGACAUUUUUGUUCUUCUUAUGCAGAUCCUUUUUGGUGGUGAUGCUGAAACCUUUACACCUGCAAACUAGGAAGCUGUUUGCUCAAAAUGAGAUUUUCUUUCCUCAAGCAUCCCAGAUGGUCUUUAUACAGAACAGAGCCAAAACAAACACACACUUGAACAAGGAGAACUUCAAGGAACUAUAUAUAUAAUAAUAAAAAAAUAUUAGGAAAAUAUUAUGGAUAAGAACUUUAAGGAAGAAAAGUUUACAGGAUUUACUAAAUUUUCACCUCCUUUGUACAGACAACGCUACCAGUUUGUUAAAGAUUUAGUGGAGAAAUACAAACCUAAGAAGGUGGCAGAUUUAGGAUGUGCUGACUGCACGCUUCUUUGUAUGCUGAAAUUCUGCAGUUGCAUUGAAGUGUUAGCUGGGGUAGAUAUCUGUGGAAGUGUAAUGAAAGAGAAAAUGCAUAAGUUGUCUCCUCUCCCUGUUGAUUAUUUGCAACCACGUGAAAGAUCCCUAACUGUUACCUUGCAUCAUGGUUCAGUUGCCCAUAAAGAUCCUUGCAUGCUUGGUUUUGACUUGGUAACGUGCAUUGAACUAAUAGAGCACCUGGAAGAAUCGGAACUAAAGAAGUUUCCUGAAGUGGUGUUUGGUUUCAUGGCGCCAAGCAGGGUUGUUAUCAGUACUCCAAAUUCUGAAUUCAACCCUUUACUUCCAGGAGUGAAGUUAUUCAGAAAUCCGGACCACAAAUUUGAAUGGACCCAAUUGCAGUUUCAAAGCUGGGCUCUAGAGACUGCUAGAUGUCAUGGCUACUCAGUGGAAUUUACUGGUGUGGGGCACCCACCAAGAGGAAUGGAGAAUGUUGGGUUUUGUACUCAAAUAGGUGUGUUUUUUAAAAAAUACCCUCAAAUCAGUGUAACCACUCAGUCUGAGAAACCCACUGAAACAGUUUACGAAACAGUCUUCAAAGCAGUGUAUCCAAGUCUUAAGGAUGAGAAGUACCUGCAGAAUGCAGUGGUUAGUGAAGUUAUUUUCACAGCACAAAUCAUUAAGCAAAGUCUGCUGAACCGUUUAAUGUCGGAACACGAGGAGAAUAAUGAUGAUCCUACUGAGAGAAAAUCCGAAUUCCAACCUUCAGUGAACUGCUUCUCAGAUCUUGGGAAACUGGCUGUUGAAAAAAGCAUGGAAUCAUUUGUCAGUGGAAAUGUGGUUUCUAUACCUCUUGCAACAAUCUUUUCUUUUCCCAGAGUGAAUCAACUUUGUGGUACCUUUGAGAAGUUAAGCAAGCUUGUUGUUGGCCAGGUCACAUUGAGCAGUGAUGGCUCUGCUGUGAUGCUCAAUACUGAACAUGAAGAUAGUUAAAUCACAAAUUUCUCAUGAGGUUGUUAAAAUAAUGAAAAC